GGAGAGGGGCGGGAGCGGCCGCGCGGAGGCGCAGAGCGGCCCCGCAGCUCCGCAGCCCCGAAGCCCGGCAACAAAGAGCGCACCGCUCCGCUCCUCCCCGGGAUGUAGGGCCCUCCGUGCCCCGCUCCCGGCCCCGCAGCCCUCCAUGCCCCCGCGCUGAGCCCGUUCCGCAUCGCCAUGGGGAAAUCCAACAGCAAGUUGAAGCCUGAAGUUGUGGAGGAGCUGACCAGGAAAACGUACUUUACAGAGAAGGAGGUGCAGCAGUGGUACAAGGGCUUUAUCAAGGACUGCCCCAGUGGGCAGCUCGAUGCUGCCGGCUUCCAGAAGAUCUACAAGCAGUUCUUCCCCUUUGGUGACCCAACCAAAUUCGCCACCUUCGUGUUCAAUGUCUUUGAUGAGAACAAGGAUGGAAGGAUUGAGUUCUCAGAGUUCAUCCAGGCGCUGUCUGUCACCUCCCGGGGGACGCUGGAUGAGAAGCUGAGGUGGGCGUUUAAGCUGUACGAUUUGGACAACGACGGCUACAUCACGAGGAACGAGAUGCUGGACAUUGUGGAUGCCAUCUACCAGAUGGUGGGAAACACUGUGGAGCUUCCCGAGGAGGAAAACACACCGGAGAAGAGGGUGGAUCGGAUUUUUGCCAUGAUGGACAAGAACGCAGACGGGAAGCUGACGCUGCAGGAGUUCCAGGAGGGCUCCAAGGCUGACCCCUCCAUCGUGCAAGCCCUCUCCCUCUACGACGGGCUCGUAUAGUCCCAGGGCCGAGCGGCGCUUACGGGGAAGACGCUCUCUGUGCCAUCCGACCACGCAGCGAUGCUUGCCUGCCCCUCUCCGGCCCUCCUCCAUGCCCCACGAGCCAAGGAUGCAGCACAGUGCCAGCUCACGCCCCUCUGCGCUCCGAACCAUCGCCGGUGCCAUCUGCCAACUUCUGCUUUUUUUCCAACAAAAAACAAAAAUCACCCAAAAAAAAGAAAAGAAAAGAAAGACCACAGUCUGAGCGGCAGCGAACACCCAAAACUUGGGGGCUGAGGGGAUGGGGCUGAGUGGCACCGAAGGCAAAGCCCCAACAGCCCCUCUGCUCCUCAUUGCUACGCUAUGGGGUCGGACUGCGGAUGCGCCUCUCCGGGACGCAGCUGGGGAUGGAGCCCACAGGGGCUAUAGGAAUAUAUAUUAUAUUAUAUUAUUAUUAUUAUUAUUAUUAUUAAUUAUUUUGGUGAGGCAGUAUUGUGCUUUUUCUUUUUUUUCUUUUUCAUUUUUUGGUCCGUUCGGUGGAAAGAAGUGAGGCUUUUUUUUUUUUUUACACGUCUGCUGACGUCGGAUACCUUUAUUUAUUUGCUGUAACCCUUUGCUGCCGCGGUGUUUCGUCUCCCAUGUGUGUGUCCCACACCUCGCUGAUGGCAUCCGUCACAUUCACGUCCCCACACACGCCCGCGGGGCACCGGGAGCCUGCAAUAACCAAGCCAAAAACCCCCUCCACCCGCUGUGUGCCGUGUGCUGGAAGGGGCUCUGUACUUCUUUUACUUCUUUCCCUCUCCCCGCUGCUCCCUUCCUGCCCUUCCCUCUCUCCCUUUCCCCUCUCCUGCCCAACCAGGGUUGCUCAGCCCCAUCCCUCCGCUCUGUUCCAUGCCUUUCUCCAGCCUCUCUCCCCGUAGGGCAAGGCGAGGAGGCAGCCGGUGCUGGAGCACUCUCCUUUGUGUCUUUUCAUUUUCUUCCUGCAUGAAAAGUAUUCGUGGAGCCGUGGAGCCGAGCGUUGGGUUUUGCUUUCAAGCCGAUUCCCUUCUUGGUGUUUUUGGGAACGGUGGGAAGGUGCAUUUCCUCCGUUGGCGGAGCAGAGGCAGCCGUGCGGGGCGAUGGGUUGGGGCCGCCCCAUUGCUUCCCAUUGAGGAUGUGCUGGAAGCCAAUUGCUGAGCUGGUGUGCACCCACACUCCUACCCGCAGGAAGGCGAAGGGCCGGAGGAGGGCACCCACCUGCAUGGGACACCCCACGGCAUCAGAUGCCAUCGCUGCUGGUUCCAUCCACCGCUGAGGAAGGAGAGAUGUGGGAGCAGUGUGCAACGCUGUCCCGCUGCAUUCUGCCCCUGGCCCAGCAGUACCCCCAUCCCCUUCAUCCAUCCCGGGCACCGCUGAUGGUGGCAGCGGUUGGUGAUGGUCACACAGCUCUGAGCCGCAGAGAUGUGCCCAGGAGGUGACGGUUGGACACGGAGGAUGUUCUGAGGGGUGUCCCCACCACGCACAAGAUGGCAGCAGUGUCCCCGUGGGGCUGAAUCUUACACUCACUGUCACAAUGGCCUGGAGAGCUGUGGGGCUGCGGAUGCUUUCUCUGCCCUGCUGACAUUUGGGAUCCGGCACCUUUGGGAAGCCAACACCUCCUGAAGCUUUCACACGCCCUUAUAGAGACAUUUCUCCCCAUCCCCAAAGAGACAUCAUGUCCGACUGGGGUGGUUCUGCCCCAGCAGCUCAGUGCCGGGCGUCCCAGAAAGCACCACUCUCUCCUUCCCCCCAAACCCUCUUUUCUCGAUGCUUUGUGGCCAAAACACGUCUCUGUUGGGCAGAUCUUUGCAGUGCCUCAAACUCCACCACCUCCCACGUGCCGGACGGGUGCCCUCCUGGUGCCAGGCACUGCUCCGAUGGCACCACUGGGACACGAUGGGUGCCCCAUUAGAAGUAACAGCAGAAAGAUGCAGACGUUUGCUCUGGCACUUUCCCCUGGGAGGCUUUGAGUUUCUUUUUCCCUGUUGCACAUUUCUUCCCACGGGGCUCCCUGCCUCGGCUGCACCGAGAGGCCCCAUCUCCUCCAGCAGCAGCGCUGAGACCCACAGCUCCCGGUGCCAAUGGAAGUAUGGCUUAGAAGCUUCUCACGCUCGGGAACGUCGGCCUUCACCUCCUCGUGCCUCAGUUUCCCCAGCGGUGACCGCAGCGCCCUCCCACCAUUUGUCUGUCAGUGUUGCCUGAUUAAAAGCAGUGUCCGUAUUUCCUUUCCGUUCUCUGUUCACGUGCUGUCGCUGCCCUGCAGCCGCCCUUCCCUGGGUCCCUCUGUUCCUUUUGGGGUCGGGAUGCUCCCAGGGGAGGCGGUGCUGCAGGAACCCCGGGCUGAGGAGCAGCAGAGCUGCGUUCAUGGAGGUGAAGCUGUGUGUGCUCCUGUGCUGGUGUCUCAGCUUGCAUGCCCCGCUGCCUUGUCUUGAGAUGAAUCCAAGAGCAAACCAAGCAAACCGACCCGUUUGAGAGCGGGACAAACAAACAAAUAGAAACAAACCCAGGAACUUUUGUGGCGGUGGAAAUAAAAGCUUCAUGAUGGUA